CUCAAUAUGAGUACAUCGAGACCAUGGAUUCAAAUAACAAUGAUCCCCAGAUACAUAACAUAUAUAGUUGUCACUAUCAGCUAGCCUUUCUUUAAUAAAAACUCAAUUCAGAUCCAACUCUGCAACAAGAAUUGUUAUUUUCUUGAGAGUUUGGCCUGGUCUUCCCUUCACACUUGCCUCCAUUUCAUCCUCCAACUUCCCCGUUUCUUCAUUUUCUCUACAUAUUCACUCCCUUAUGACAAGUUUCAGUAUAUAUUCCUUUAUAUUUCCUCUCGGAUCAUCGUUUCUUUAGCAAUCAGCUCUGUUUUAGAGCAGACAACAGUCACCAUGGGAACCAAAAUGGAAGGAUCGAAGCCCAAGAAAUCACUUUUUGCAUCUAUAGCCAAACCCUCAGUCGAAGAUGGCAGACCAAGCAGCAUGGUUGUCAAGAAGGCACAUACUGUAAUUCCUGCACAUAUUGUAGCAGAAGCAAUAUCGACAAUCCGCGGUCUUGAUCUCCGAUGGUCCGGUCCGAUAACAGCAACAGAAAUGCAAUACGUCGAACAGUAUGUCUUAGCGAAGUAUCCCCAGUACGCUGGUCUUCUCGUCGGAGAAAAGAUAGAUCUUUCUACUUUGUGCAUUAAUGAAGAAAUUCCAGAGGCAGCAACACCGGAUGAUAAGAAAAAAUCGCCGAGGAACAAUUUCAGAGAGGCCUCUUUGCCUUCUCCCGGAAGUAAUUUCCCCGAUUUGGAGAGAAUACAGUUAGAACCAUCGAGGUUGCUCGAUAUACUCACAAAGAAAUCAUCUUUUCCGGGGAGUUUCAUUUCAAUACCUGAAAUUCAAGCUCAGAAUAGAGUUUUGAAGCACUGUGGAUUACCUGAUGAUGAUUAUCUGGUUCUGUUCACUCCUAAUUACAAAGAUGCAAUGAUGUUAGUAGGCGAAAGUUACCCGUUCUUCAGAGGAAAUUUCUACAUGAGUGUUCUUUCAGAAAAAAUGGAUUAUGUACGGGAAUUCGCGGCUUACAAGGAAUCGAAAGUGAUCUUGGCACCGGAGGCUUGGUUGGAUUUGAGGAUUAAAGGAUCACAGCUUAGCCAGUAUUUCAGGAGAAAGUGCAAGAACAGCCCGAAAGGGCUAUUUUGUUAUCCGGCUGAUGUUGAUGGGAUUCGCUACUCGAUGCACUGGGUUUCCGAAGCUCAUCGAAACUCGUGGCAUGUUCUUCUAGAUGCGACUGCGCUUGUGAUGGAGAAGGAUAGGAUGAACCUUGCACUAUACAGGCCUGAUUUUGUUUUGUGUAGUCCUGAAGCUAAUUCUUCAAGCAUCACUUGUCUCCUUGUUAGGAAGAAAUCUUUUGAUGCUUCAACCUCACUUCAAUGAGUGAGAAGGGUAAAAUCGGUAUGUGAAUAUUGAAUAUCUGCAUAUUUGUUUAGUAUAAGCUACUGCAACUUGGAGUUCUUUUGCUUUUCUUUCCUCAAAAAUUCAGUGAUUGAAUUUGGUUUAUUAUAACCUCAUACUUAAUAAUGUUUCCAAGAAAUGGAUUUUGAUUGGAUUACGGUGUAAAA